UUCCCAAGGUGCACUGUGCACAUUUAUUGCAGAGUAUGGCGUCUCAACCAACUACCCGAGUCUAAAGUGACGAAUUCGUAACUGACAUUUAAAACGAAAUAACUCAAGCUAAUCAAUUCGAUUGCAAUUGUCAAGGCGUAACUAACCACUUUCAUAACUCCAAUUCAUAAUGAAGUGACCAAACGAACCCUAGCUACUAUUGCUAUUAAUGGCUCAUUUCGUUUUCUGAAAAAAAUAAAGUAUGCACGUUUCUUUCCACUUCUCCAAAGGGAAUUUAGCACUUUACUGGGCUCUUCAAUUUAAUUUUGCAGUUGCCCAAUUUCUUCAGCGCCUGUUUUGCAGUUUCUAUAAGCAUACGAGAGGCAAUUGAAUUACAAAAUCAUGAAUUUCUUCCGGGCAUUCUUGAACAGCCCUGUUGGCCCUAAAACAACUCACUUCUGGGGUCCUAUGGCCAACUGGGGAUUUGUCAUUGCUGGAGUGAUGGAUUCAAAGAAGCCCCCGAGUGCAAUAUCUGGCAACAUGACUGCAGUAUUAUGUGUAUAUUCGAUAUUGUGUAUGAGAUUUGCAUGGAUGGUAAAUCCUCGCAAUCAUCUUCUUCUGGCUUGCCAUGCUUCAAAUGAAUCAGUGCAGCUCUAUCAACUCUCUCGUUGGCUGAAGCAUCAGCGGUACUUGUCUCAGAAGGAAGACAAUGUUUCUUAAAGACUUAAAGUUCCUUCCUUUUCAUUCUCCGACAAGUCGACAACCAAAAGAAAAACAAAAUAACAGAAGUAGUAUCAUUCCGCUUGUACUAAAUCAAUUUGUAGCUUCGCAGUCAAUUAUGCAUAUGCAAGGUGCCAAAUUCUUGCAUGUUUCCUUUAAGUUAUUUGAUAAAAUAGCGUUGGCUAUCUUUGUCGCAUCGAUUAUACAAGUUUGUGAAGAGAACCGAAUGGGGAAGUGGCUGACAAUAGCUCCAGUGUCUUCUGUUCAUAAUUUUAGUAACCAUUCGACUCUGAUUAGAAUGAGAUAAGCUUCAACUUGCC